AUGGCUGGAGAACACGGAAAUAACGACAGUUCUAGCGUUAACACCUUGCAAGCCGCCGUGGUAGAAAUACGGCGCUUACAGACACAGAUUGCGGCCAUCGAGGCCGAAAGGACACAUGAGAAAGAAAAAGCGAAAAUGAUUUCAGAAGAGGAGGAAGGAGAGAGCAUCAUGGACGUACAGCCUUUGGCGCAGCACUUAUGGGAUACCCAAGUCAUGGAAGCAAUCAAGGUUCCUCACCUUCCUACCUUUGACGGAAAAACUGACCCUCGAGAGCAUCUGAUGGCAAUUGGAACACAAACCGCCAUAAUCAAUGCUCCGGAACACCUGAAAUGUAAACUACUAGCCGGCACCUUCAAGGAUUUCGCCGGAUCGAAACACGUGAAAGUCACAUCAACUAGCCUUUUUUCUAUUCGCCAAAACCACGGCGAAUCAUUGCGUAGUUUUUUGGCCAGAUUUAGCGAAGCUACCAUUAAGGUCUCAAAUCCAAACCAGGAGAUGUUCGUGGCGGCCUUUCACAAUGGGCUAAAAGCAGGACAUUUCAACGAAUCCUUAGCCCAAAAACCAGCCUCGUCAAUGCAGGAAAUAAACAAGAGAGCGGAGUGUUAUAUAAAGGGUGAGGAGAGUAACGCCGAGAAAAGGCAAAGAGACGCCAAGGAGAGGGAGUAUAUGGGACGUGCUACCAAAGCGCCAGAACACCCGCGACCAAAAACGGGAAACCAUCAAGGAGACCCAUGGCAAAGGCACCACGGUAAACCCUACUGUCAACCGCCCAGGAGAGAGUUCAGAAAUCAACCCGCCAAUGAAGACUUUACGCCAUUAAAUGCCUCAAAAGUUUACGUUUUAAAUGAAAUUCUGGCCAAUGGUUUGGCAAACCUCCCCCCAAAAAGAACCAACAACAUUCCCUUGGGGCUCAAUGAUAACGCCUGGUGCGCCUACCACAGGUGUAGAGGUCAUUCUACGGAAAAGUGCUUCCGCCUAAGAGAUUUAAUCAAAGAACUGAUUAAAAGCGGACACCUCCGGAGGUUCAUAGACGAUGCAGCUCAAGGCCGGGUCGUCGUGCCCAAAAUCCCCAGACAAGAGCCACGGGAUCCCCCAGGGCCAAGUAGAGAGCCUCCAAAUGAAAGGAUCUCUGUGAAUACAAUAGCAGGAGGAUUCUCAGGAGGAGGUGAGUCAAGCUCAGCAAGGAAAAGAUAUGUACGCCGAGCCAUCUCGGAGAUAUACCUCGUGAGACAACCCCAACCACUCGACGUUCCGGAUUUGGCAUUUACUGCAAAGGAUGGACUGGAGGUAGCGCCUCAUGAUGAUGACCCCUUAGUAAUACAAGUCUAA